AUGCAGCGCAAAUUGCUCAGUGACGGGCUAUGGCGCUGUCUGUGCCCGUCUUUUGACCAAUUGGCCCUGCGCACAGCGAUUCGACAAAGCUUGCCUCGCACACGACCAGCAGUAUCGCGGCCAUGUGCCGCCAGAUCAGGGCCAAUUCACGUGCGGUGCUAUGAGACAACUGCUGGCUUUCAAUCAAUAGACGAACCGACAGAGAAUGGUUCUUCUCGAAUAGGCUCCCAGGCAGGUAGCGUCCAGCCGGGAGAAGACGGUCGCUUCACAAGUCCUAAGCUACGAUCCUGGAAGGACAGGCUUCUUGCCCUCACGGCGCCGUCAGAGGAGGCGCUAAAAGCAAGUACGGUUGAAGAAGUUUUUGCGGCCCUGAGUUCGCUUCGAGAGACAAGGGAUCGGACGUCGCCCAGCGGUCCAGAAAUCGACCAGCAUCAAAGAAUAGUGCAGCUAGUCCAGAAUCUACUGCAGGUCGAGGAUCAGCCAAUUACGCCUUUUCUUUACGAGUGCCUAAUGGACGCCAUGGCUCAUCCUCGAGGCUCCGUUGAUGGUGCUCGCCGACUGCUUGACGACAUGCGUGAGCAGGGGAUGAAGCCAACGGCGGAAUUAUGCAACGGCGCCCUGAGAGCGCUGAUGAAUCAUCCGGAUUAUAUACUGCGCCAAGAGAUCCUAAGUAUUAUGCAGGAGUACUGGUUUACGAUUGAUACGCCGGUGAAGCAGACGGUUAUAGUGGGAAUGCUCAGAGAUGAGCAAUACGAGCUGGCAUAUGCAAGGCUAACGGAGCUGAUUGAGCAAGGGGCCAGGAUCGAGCCCUGGGUCUACGACAUAUUCAUUCUGGUAUUUGGGAAGCUGAGAUUUCUAGAUGAAAUGAUACAGCUUCUGUAUAGGCGCAAGAACAUUGGCGGCAGCACCGACCCGCUGGUUAUCAAUUUGACAUACUACGCAUUGGACAUGUGCAGCCAGUCAUACCACCAUGCGGGGACUUUGUUUGGCUGGCUCUCAGUUGUGCAAAAUCACCUUGUGCAGCCGUCGGAUGGCAUCAUAGAGAAUGUGCUAGGAACAGCGGCUAGAAACGCAGACGCGCAGCUGGCGACAGAGGCGCUGGAUCUGAUAUCGCAGCGAACAAGAGCUCAGUCUCACCACUACGAAGCCGUUGUAGAGGCUUUUAUUGGCAGUGGAGACCUGACAGCGGCGAUUCGAACUCUGUGCAUCAUGAGAGAUGGCGGUAUACGCAUCUCACGCGCCAAUACCAGAACGAUUUACAAAACUCUGAUGAGUCGCCCAGAGCUCCUGGAGGGAGCCGAGGAGGUGGUGCGAGAGGCAGCCCGUGCCCGCCCUGUGCAUAGAGCGAUUGUGGCUGUUGUGAUCGAUUCAAUAGCGCGGAUUCACGGCAGUGAAAAGGCUUUGCGAUUAUACCGGGACCUGCCAACGCUCUGCGGCGCGGAAUCGCUCAACGCAACCAUGGCGCAGGACCUUAUCAUCCAUAGCGCUGAGGAGGCCACCGCAAAACUUCUGGCAAAGGAAUACAAGGAUCAAAUCGCAGAGAACCAAGACCCAAUUCGGAAUAUUUCGACAUACAACCUUCUGAUUGCGAAGUGUGCAGAAGCGGGUGAGAUGGACCUAGCGUUUCGAUUUACUAAACAAGCCAUGGAGGCCGGUAUCACAAAGAGUCGAUCUUCCAAAUGGAUUAGUGUCCUCGUCGAGCAGGCAAUCACAAGAGAAGACAGUCGGGUUUGGCCUGUCGUCGACUCACUCCUCAGCUCAGGGGACGAGGAUAUGACGAAGAUGGUGCGCAGGAUUCUACAGCAAAAGAGAAUUUCAAAGCUAGCCUCACAGUGGAAGACAAGAAACUCUACAACUGCAGUUCCCUGA